CGUACGCCCAAGGUACACCUGAAAGGCUGAAACGACUCCCUCGCUAGCAAAUUUGACCAUACGGUCAAUUGAACAUCCCCGACUGAGAUAGGAUCAAUAGCGGAGGACUCCAGUCAACCUCCGCAAGAUCCCCACCACCGCACAUAGAUUUCGUUUCACAAUUGGACAUCCAACUCAAAACUACGGCGCACUCGACCCGACAACAGUCCGCCUACAGCCCAUCCAUUUCCCUUCUCCGCAACGAUCGGUUCCCAUCAAUUACACUCCGCACGAGAUGGAUUCACCAAUCUCAGUUCCAUCUUCACCAACCUUCCAAAUCCCACAGAGGUAAGCCAAGUCCCCUGCUACUUCUCCACCUUGCCCCUUCGUAGCUUUUCCCUUCACCAUCAGCUAUGCACCACACUUGCAUCACCUCAACUCUACUCUCAAUUGGAACCCAUCAUGGCUCCAUCUCGAUUUCCUCCACCGACUGCUCUUCUAACUUGUUCUGUGAACGAUUUGGGCGAACCCCAUUUGCUCUAUCACUACCGCCUUCUUCUCAUUCACAUUCACCGCAGUGCUGUUCUUGUUGUGCUUGCUGCUCCUGUUGUGGUUCGCCAUCGUUAUCCAAAUCUUCAUUUGCUAUCAAACCCAGCUUUCUGUUGUACGGGUUGCGGCAAUCCAGUCUUAUUCAGUGUCCGCCUUCUAGGAGAAUGAACUUGGGUGGAAGAACCUGGUGCUAUGACCGGGUUCCAGGGUAUGGGUUUGAUCUUGGUGGAUAUGAGGUGCCUUGUUCAUUUGAGGAGAGUAGUGGUAAGGAAAGAAUUGGAGGGAGAAGGAAGGAAGUGAGGCCUAGGCAAGUGAAUUCACAGCGUAGGCGGUGUUUAGAUGGUGUUAAUGAUGCUGAGGCUGUGAUUAAUUUGUUGAGUGAGGAAGUGGGCAAGGAGUAUCUAGAUCAUAGGAGGAGAACCGGGGAGUUUUCGGAGAGAUUGCAGAAGGUGAGGCAAGGGAGUUAUGUUGGCGGAGAAUGUGAAAGCCAGAGGAAUAAGCAAUUGAGAUUAAGGUUGUUGGCUAGUAAGUCUAGGUGUGAGUUUGAGUCAAAUACCAAUGAGUUCAAGAAAGAAGAGUCAAGAAUGAAGGAAGAGAGGAAUGAGAAGAAGAAGAAGGAUAGUAGGGAUGUUUACAGGGGAGAAAACAGCAAGGUAAGGACUGGUAGUGCUAGUUUGUCAUCUUAUUACUCACUAUCUUCCGAGGAAGAAUUUGAGAAUGAUGAGGAAGUUCACGAGGAGGAACCGUCUACUGGAUACAUGAACGAGUUGGAUGAAAGCAGCUCGCAAGGUCAAGUGGUUGGAGCUUUUCAGAAACAUCCAGAGGAUUCAGAGAAGCAGAAGGAGGUCUCAGAACAUAGGACAAGGGUCAGUAGCAUUGAAUGGGAUUUGAGGAAGAAAUCUGAGAAGAAACUUACUGACUUCGAGGAAACUGAAUACAUAAAGCAUUCUUCACAACUUCAAUCAAGAACAGAUAGUACCCACGAAGAUAAUCACAUGAAGUCAAUGAAUUCUAGUACAAAAAUCGAUGAUUUUUCCCAUGAAUACAAGGUAAGUGAUGACAAGGAGGAAUCAGCUGUGGUGGUUAGUCAGGAGAAACGUGCGACUGCUAGAUAUAAUCAGAGAGGGAACAACAAGGUAGAGAAACAGGCAGAAGUGAGAAGAAAUAGUCAGCAAGUGACAGGUAGGCAAGAUAUUCAUGAAACGGAUAAUGGAGCAGCUUCCAGGUAUCACAGGUUGUCGCCUGGUGGAGAAGGAAUGGUUGGUAGAAGUGGAAAAGAUAGAAGCAGCAGCAGCCAUGAACUUCUUAAGAACACAGAUAUGGGAAAUGCUGGUUUAGGAACAGUUUCUACUUUUCAGAAGCAGUCUGAAUCUAGAACAAAGACCCAGGAAGAACGUAAAGCUCUCAGUUCGUAUUGGGAGGUUAGUGACAAAAGGGACCAAAUUGGCCCAAGCAAAGUGAUGGGUGAAGUUGAAUCCACAAUGAGUUCAAAACAAUCACCUCAAAUGUCCGAAGGUCACCAGCAAUAUAGAGGUAAGUCAUAUAGUCAGCAUUCAGAGUCAGAAGCAAAAGGGCAAAGAUUUCCCCGCACAGAUCAGAAGCCACUUGAGAGAGUUCAAUCCAGGAAAGGGCCGAAAGAUGCGACUAACUUAACAGUUAAUCUCACUAAUGUAUCCUUGGUUAAUACUAGUAGCAAUACAGAGACAGUGGUGAAUUCUCAGAGAAAUUCCCAACAGAUAAUUGUCAAUCAAGGAGGUGACGAUACAUCAACUGCAAAACCCAUUCAGGAAACAGGAGCACGUCGCCCUCUAUUAGUACAUGAGCCACAAGGGGUUCGUAAAACCUCUAGCCUUCGUAGAAGAACUUCAGAAAGAGCUUCCAGUCCCCAGACUUCAGAGGAGGCCAUUGAGGGAAUAAGAUCAGAGGCUGUAAUGGUGCCUCCAUCACAUCAACUAGUAGCUAGAAGUUCAUUCCGCGAAGAUCCAGCUGGUGGAGUUCAAGUUCAAGAUGUUUCUGAAGGAGAUAUGAGUGUCCCUGGAAUUCGUCAAGAACCACAGUAUGGAGACCUAGAAGAAGGUGGGUUUAAUGACAACUCUUUGUAUCUUCAUAACCCUGGAGAUGUUCUUGGUUCAGCUCGUCGUCAGGAAGAAUCAUCCAUGCAGUACGUUGGGGAGUUUGUUGAGAGGGCAAGGCAUCAUGAACCAAGUUCUGAAGCUGAAGUAUCAAAGGGGAAUAAUUCAAGAGGUUCAUCUGCAGAUUCUGGUGAAAAGGGUCCUUCUGACGAGAUAUGGGAUGUCAGAAACCCAUCUGUUCAUGAACCUCCAAAGGCAGAAGCAGCAGAGGAACUCCAAGGUACCAAUGAGGCAGGAAGUUCAGUAGUUACUGAACGUUCUACAAUUAGGAAAACUGGGAAAUCCAUGUGGGCUAUCAUUGGGGAUAUAGUUAGAUUGCGCUGGAGUUCACCACGUGCAGAAACCUCUAAAUCAACAGGUGGGAAGACGUCGUCAAACGAUUCUGCUGCUAGCGAGGCAUGGUUUUCUGGACGUGAUCCUGAUGAAAGGAGUGAAGGAACUCUAAAAAAGGAGACAAGCAGUUCUGAUCAAGUAUUAAUAAGCCAUACUUCUAGUCAGAGGCGUGGAGAAGCAUCAGAUACAGGUGAAACAAAACGUAUGGCGUCUCCUUCAAUCAUAUUGAAAAGUGGGUCGACCUCUAGAGGUUUUACUUCUCCCGCUGGAGAAAAGGACCUUGACUUUAGUCCAGAAGGAAAGAGAUCUCAAGUUGCUCCUUCUAGCGUUAGGCUUGGGGAAACACCCUCGAUUUCCUUGCCUUUAAGUGCACGGAGUAGUCCCAUUGUAAAGCCGAGUUUAGAUACUCAUAAAAGUGAUGCAUCAGCAAGUGGUUCUGGGGAGAAAGAUGGGGAGGUUAAAGGAAGGAAGCUUCAGCGGAACAAGCAGGUGAUAAGAGACAGUUUCGAUGACUGGGAAGAGGCCUAUAUACGCGAAAGUGAGCAGCGUAAGAUUGAUGAAAUGUUCAUGAGAGAAGCGUUGGUAGAAGCGAAGAAGGCUGCAGAUAUAUGGGAGGUACCUGUCGGUGCUGUGCUUGUACAACAUGGCAAGAUUAUUGCACGGGGCUACAACUUAGUGGAGGAGUUGCGUGACUCUACUGCACAUGCAGAGAUGAUUUGCAUCCGCGAGGGUUCAAAUCAACUUCGUUCAUGGAGGCUUGCGGAGACAACACUUUACGUAACACUGGAACCAUGUACUAUGUGUGCUGGAGCAAUCCUUCAGGCAAGAAUAGACACUCUUGUAUGGGGAGCUCCCAAUAAGCUUCUUGGAGCUGAUGGAAGUUGGAUUAGGAUAUUCCCAAAUGGGGAAGGAGGUAGUGGAUUGGAAACGGAUAAGCCACCUCCCCCAGUCCACCCUUUCCAUCCCAAAAUGACGAUUCGGCGAGGCAUACUGGCAGCAGACUGUGCAGACGUGAUGCAGUCGUUCUUCCAGCUAAGGAGAAAGACAAAGAUUAACAAUAGCAAGGAAGAGCAGCAGCAGCAGCAUUCUCCCCAGAAUUCGCUGGUGCGAGUCUCAAAUCAUCCAUCAAAGAUUCUCAAGAAGAUGCAUGAUAUUUUCCACGUCAUGUUCUGUUUGUAAGAGAUGGACUAUUUCUGGCAUUAUGUUCAAUUUUGCUUGGGUCUGUAAUGUAACUUAACAAUAAAGAAUAAACACUUGUGCUGAUUGCAAAUCAUAAUCUAAUUCUAAUUAACUCAGUACAAAUCUGGAAAAACCAUAAUAAUUACAGGCAUUACGUCCAUCUAACAAGUCACCAAUACUUCGCAGUUUUCCAACAUAGUGGUGGGCAAUUUCCUCUGGAGGAAAACAUGAACAAAAACAGCCCACCAGAAAAGCAGACUAGACUAAUCUCCAGAGCAUUAAUCCCUAAAACGACAACCAGUGGUGC